AUGCCUGGUUCUAGGUCAUCUGGGUCAGGCAUGACUUCAGCAUCUGCUUCACCUGGCCUGAGUUGCCAUGUUUCUCCAAAUGUAGAUACCCUCAAUGUGAGCAAGUUGAAUGGUGACACUGGCCUGGGAGGGUUAGGUGGCAGUGUGGGCAUCAGUAGACCACUUUUUGAGCUGGUAGUCCUAGGGAAUCUGUCCAGUGCUGGACAGCUCUGGACAGCUCUGGCCAGCAAAAGUGAUUUACUGAUGGGAGACAGAUCCCCAAUGUUGACUCCAGAUCCGAUGAUGCAGCCUGCUGCAUAUGAAUUUGGGGAAGAUGGGGUCAUAAAUGUUGGUGUUCAUGGUGUUGGUGUGCACAGUGUGGGUGUGGUGGGGACAAGUAGGUCAGAGUUGAUGGGAGCUUUGGGUGGUGACAACAUUAUCUCUGGCAUGGGUCUUGGAGGAGGGGCAGGAAAUGGAAUCACAUUAGGUGGGAUCCAUAUUGGAGGUGUCCUAGGACAUGCCUAUGCAGGGACUUUUGAACAUCAUGCAUACCCUGGUCUGUAUCACCUGGAUUAUCUGUCCUCCCAGUUUCACUUGGAUGCCAGUCUUCCAUUUUUGGGUGUCAAUGGGGUGGACAGAGAAGAGAGUCCAGGAGCUGCUGCUACUGGCAGCGGUGCUGGAGCAGGAAAGGAAGGAGAGGGAAAUGGGGAGGCAGAUGUAGAUGAACACAGAAGCUCUAAACACUGCCACAUGAGCACUGACUCAUUGAGCAAACCACCUUCAUUGGUGGUUUCAUACUUGUCAUAUGCAGAGAGCAUGAUGUUGGUGUCUACUGCCCCAACCUCAGUGAUAUCUGGUCAUUCAAAGCCAGGCUUCGAAACCACAUGGCCAUGUGCAUUUGCAGUCAAUGUCCACACAGAGUAAAGUUCAGGCACAAGCAAUGUCAGUGGGUACACCCCAGUCUCAGGUCCAGAGACAGAAUUUUUCAAGGUCACACUCACAAGGACAUGGUCAUGGACAUUCCCAAUCUCUUUCUUUGCUCCCACAGUCAUCUUUGUUGGCAAAUGAACACAGUCACUCACACUCACUCUCCCAUUCUGGUAUCUCACAUUUUCAUCCACAGUCAUCCCUUGCAGCAGUACAUGGACCAUUGUCCUCUAGCUCACUUGGGUCUCACAUGCACCACAUUCCUCCACAUCCUUCACAAG